AAAUGACAGCCGUAAUUAUUUCGCAUGUUCUGCUGGCAAGCGUUUCAUCAUUGCAGCGUACGUAUAUAAAGCAUUCUAUCUGUACGGUUUGAUUCUUCUGAUUUCGAAAAUAAAACAGUAGUUUGACAUGGUUCGCGUUUUAUUCGUUCAUCCGGACCUAGGCAUUGGCGGUGCAGAAAGGCUCGUGGUGGAUGCUGCGCUGGCAUUACAAAGUAAGGGUCAUUCGGUCAGCUUUCUGACCAACCAUCAUGAUCCGGAACACUGCUUCGAGGAAACUCGCGACGGAAAGCUGCAAGUGACGACAGUAGGCGAUUGGAUUCCGCGGGAUAUUUUUGGCAAAUGCUAUGCUGUUUUUGCUUACGUUCGAAUGGUGUAUGCGGCGUUAUAUUUCAGCUUCUUUCUGUCCAAACAGGAGAGGUUUGAUGUUGUGUUCUGCGAUUUAAUUUCGCUGGGUAUUCCUAUUUUUCGGUUUGCCAAAUCGAAACCAAAAGUACUGUUUUACUGCCACUAUCCAGAUCAGCUGUUGUCUAAACCUGGAAGUUUGCUCAAGAGAUACUAUAGAAUGCCACUGAACUAUCUGGAGGAAGUUACUACUGGUCAAGCCGAUGGGAUUCUGGUCAAUAGCAAAUUCACCAGCCGCGUUUUUAAGGAAACCUUCAAACGAUUAUCCGUAGAUCCAGAUAUAUUGUAUCCGUCACUGAACACAAAAUACUUUGACGAGACCGUAAUUGCCGAAGAAGAUAAAAUUGCUGGAAUUCCAGCCGAUCAUUUCGUUUUUCUUUCGAUCAACCGAUUCGAACGAAAAAAGAACCUUAAUCUGGCAUUGUAUGCUUUUCAAAAACUUCAGGAUUUGGUUACUUCUCAGGAGUGGAACCGCCUGAUGUUAAUUGUAGCUGGUGGAUAUGACGGGCGAGUUCUUGAAAAUGUAGAACAUUUCGACGAGUUGGAGGAAUUGGCCGAGGAUAUGGGUCUUCGUUCGAAAAUCAAAUUCCUACGUUCUCCAAACGAUCGCGAGAAACUAUUUCUGCUGCAACGUGCACAAGCUCUGGUUUAUACACCGGAAAAUGAACACUUUGGCAUCGUGCCGCUAGAAGGUAUGUAUCUCGGAAAACCCGUCAUCGCGGCCAACAGCGGAGGUCCGACGGAGACAAUCAUCCACGACCAGACCGGUUUCCUGUGCGAUCCACAACCGGUUAGCUUUGCCAGUUGCAUGGCUAAACUCGUCCGAGAGACUAAAAACUGUGACCGAAUGGGCGAAAUGGGUCGCAAACGCGUCCAGCAACGAUUUUCGUUCGAAGCUUUCAGUACCAAGCUGGAUAACAUCGUAACUGAUUUGGUUGCUCGUCAGAACCCUGAGCCUCGCAAGCAAAAAUAGCAGAGGAUUGUAUUUCCGCUGUCAAGUUUUUUGCUCUUGCAGGCAAUGCGGAAUGUAAUUAAUUAACUGUUCCACACAUUUGAAUCUAACUUCUUACAAUUUCUGGUUCAAUUUUUGGUGCCACUCCAAAGGUGUGAUUGCUUAGACGUGUUGCUAAGGCAUAUGUAAAAAUAACUAAAUAAUAUUAUAAUUAUGAUAAGACGAAAGCAUUAAAUGUACAUUUGUAACUAAAAUAUUCCCCAUAAGUUUAUAGUUUAUAACUAGAAAUGGUAGUUACAGUAGAUUGUGCGUUUUUAUAUGAAACUUCUUUCUUUCUUAUAGAAAACACAUUAGUGCAAUGGACAAUUCUGACUUUGCUAUCAAUAUCGCCUGUUUUUAGCGUAUUUCGUUACCUUUCCACAGACCACUUGCCCUAUUCUGGGAUACGGAGUAUUUUUUAUGUCGAUCGAGCCUUAAACAGGCCAACAAAAUUGGAAGGAUGGCUGACUCGAUCAAGUCUACUAUACGAAGUAUUCUAUAAUAAGGAUGUACGUGAAAUCAUCCUGUGAAAAAUGGUAGAUUAGAAAAAAAUAUUUAUAAAAUGUUAGAUGAGAACUUCAUUAUAGUGAUAACAUGUAAUACACUUGAAGGUUUUAAUUUUGAUGACA